CAGCCAAUCACACUUUACAUUUCCUUUGAUGGAAAGUCUACGCAUGUCAUGACAUCCGGUAGUGAGACGUGUUUCUUUGUCAUUUGACUCUCGGCCAUCUUCACACAUGGACGUGCUGCUCGUUUUUCUGAUCGCUCUCUACGGAGUUGUUUCUUACAGUCAUGGUCAGAUUUCUGGAUCAGAGUUGGAGGUGACAGCCAGACCAGGAGACAACGUCACUCUCUACUGUGACUGCAAAACAUCAAGUGGAGUUUACAUCGUGUGGUUCAGGAACUGCUCUCAUGAGAACCAACCUUCUCUUAUCCUAAGAUACUAUUAUCAACAAAUGUCUCCAACAGAAUCCACUCUAAAUCCCAUUCCUCGUUUCCACUUCAUCGUUAACGAUUCCUCUAACUCCUAUGACCUGAUGAUCAUGAACGUCACUGAUUCGGAUGAGGGGCUCUACUACUGUGGAACUGAACAGACUAAGGUGGACGACAAGGAUAAAAUUACUCCCAAAGCUGAGUACAGAUAUGGCAACGUCACAACAAGGAUCAAAAUCAACUCUAGUGAGACUCAUCACCAUGAUCAAGAUCCUCCAGGAGACUGUGAUAUGUGCUGGAUGCUGCUGUUCUCUCUGUGUCCAUCGUUUGCUGUUCUCUCCUCUCUCCUCUCCUCUCUUGUGGUUUAUCGCCUCUGUAACAAAAAAGCCAAAGAAACUCAAGUUGAUCAGCGACAGCCUGAAACCAGAGGACUGAAUCAGGAUGAAGAUGUGUGUUACGCUGCGCUGGAGAUCCGUCAGACAUCAAACAGACCAAAGAAGAAGAAAACCCAGAGUUCUGACUUCAGCACCUAUUCUGCCAUCAAUACUUCGAGGGCGUCGAGGGCCUGAAGCUAAAGAAAAUGAAUCGUCUGAUGAUCGAUAAUCAAUAAUCUGUUGGGAAACAAAGAAACCCUGUGUUUUAUGCAUGUACAUUUUCAUACAUAUCAAUAACAAUGACGUGGAGGAUAAGCGACAGAAUGGUCUCUGUGUUUUUAAAGGCGGACAGCAUGAGGAGUCUUUUUUGUGUCAUUUCGUCUGUGACGUUUGCUUCUCUGCAACGAGACACAAUGUUUUUCACACAAUUUCCUGUUUUCAUCUCGAGUUAGCCAUCAGCUCCAACCCCCUCACCACAGAGCUUGAGUUCUACGAAAGCCGCAAUGGCUGAAGUUUCAUGUUCUUACUUUUGUUUUUCUAUUUAAAGAUGACCUUGCCACGCAGCUUCCAAGAAGCUGCAAAACAAUAUAGAGGUGACAUCCCACCUCAAAGACCUUAGCAGCUCGCAGGAAACCCACAAUGACAAACAGCCCCUCACUGAACAACAGAGCAUACCGUGCAGGCAGACCGA